AUGCGCCAUCUUUUUAACAAGGUCAAUAUCUGCAAAUAUGUUUACUUGAAAUGUCGAGCUUUAUCGCAGUGGACAGGUGAGGUCAGUAAUGGAAAGCUUGCUGGUUUCAUCACUCGCUGGUCUUGACUUUAUUCAGUUCUUGACAUGUAAUGUUAACUUUUUCAAAGAGUAACACAAAUAAACUCAUAUAACAUCAUACAAAUACAUAAGCAAAAUCCUACGGCACGACUUGACAACGUGCAGUCUUACCCCACACGUUCUCAGGGGUGGGAUGGGGUGGGGUAGCCAUUGCACAAUUUAUAAAAGUUUCUUUGAUGGGUGAUUCAAAGUUUCUUCGUCGACUGUCGGUUUUCUAGAGAGCUGUUCUCUGCAGUUACCUCCUUGAUUGGGAUAGAAGCAAAUAAUGUAAUGCCCCAUGUUCAGAAGCUUUCCUUUAUCUCUGGUGUUUCGUCUUCACAGUGUUCUUUUUGUUUUAUGGUUUGGAAAAUCUUCACCACAUCAAAAUAAUUAUAAAUAUAAUUUCUCUUGCAUCACACAAGAUAAUAUACCUUCUUAGUUUGGUAGUUUGGUAAUUAUUAAUUAUAGCAACACAUUUAACUAGUUGUUUUGUGUUAAUUAGGUUUCAGUGUAUAGGUCAAUAUCCCAGAAUCCUUAUGAAAACUUGGCCUUUGAAGACUGGUAUGUACAAUUUAGAAAUAUUUUUAGUUUAUAUUUAAAUAAUUAUUCAACAUGCUUGUGGAAAACAUGGCAAGGGAGUAAUUAGGAGAAUGAAAUGUUAACUUGGUAGAGCAUGCUGUAUAGAGGCUGAUUUGAAAUUACAAGUAUGUUCAACCUUGAAUUUAUGAACCUGCUAAAUUCUUGCACUGUCUACUUAAAGCCAAAUUUGUUGUAUGGUUGGUUCUCUUGCGAGGUUUUCUUUAUUAUGAGUGGUUAGUAUUGACUUAAAAUAGUGAAAUCCAAAGGGCUCCAAUAGCUGCAGUUCUGCCAAAUUACAAGUACUUGUAGUUAUACAAAUCAUAUUUUUUGAAACAUAAAUCAUAUUCAAACUUGUAGAGUUACAGGCGAAGUUUUUCUUUUCUUCUCUUGAACAUCACAGGUUAUAUCUUAAUACUGACCUAACAUAUAGGAGAAUUCUCUUUUUGUGGAGAAAUGAACCCACGGUAAGCUGAUUAUGUCACUAUGAAAUCCAAUUACGUGAAACAUGUUUAACUAAAAAUAAUCCAGUGAAUGGCACUUAAUGUCAAAUAUCCAGGGAUUUCGAUGACUUUAUUAAGAAGCAGCUGCCAAUAGAUGCAAUAGGUAGCUGAGCCAUAAGCCAAAAUCUAAACAAGAGAGCCUGAUUGCAGGCUAAACAGAUGGUAGUGAGAAGUCCUAUAGGUGGCGCUUGACUGCCCAUAACUGACUUUUAUUGGAACCCCUGUAUACCAAAACAACAAGCUAAAGGACAAAUGAAUAAAGGGAUUAAGUUUCUAAAGAAACUGUGGUGCUGUGUUGGUGGGGGAAUAUAACAAAAUAAUUCAGUUGAUCAAUGGAGUUGAUAAAUGUAAAUUGGCUGCCAUAAAAAGUUUCAAAGCUGACACUUUGAGCAUUAGCUUCUUGUCAUUUGCUCUGACGAAAGGCUAGCGAUUAAGAAAUCACCUUUGAAAUUCUUAAUGGUGCCCAGUUUACAAACAUCAACUCAGUUAAUAAAACCAAACUAUCUUGACAUGCUGAAAGGUUGUUUUACAAUGGCAACAUGGUGCCACAGUCUAGUGUCUGUCACACUGUUACAUUUAGUAACCUUCAGAAUUCAACAAGUUGAUGUUGGAACAACAUCUUUAAAUAUCUUCAGUGAUGUUUACAUAGCAUCAGAUUUCUUUGUCAAUUUGGGUGUUAAGAAAAGAAAAGAAAAACAACAGGCAUUGACUUGAAAAAAGUCAACAGAUAUCAACUGAGUUUUAAAUGUUUUUAUUGAAGGUGUUAAGACAAACUGCAGUUUUCUAAAUGUGCUACCUUUUUUAUUUUUAAUGUACUUGUACACUGCACACUUUUAUCCUAAUAAUUUAUGAUACAGACACAUUUGAUGUAGCUUAUGUUUUUUUAACUCUUUAACUCCCAGAUCAAAUUUGCAAUUCUCCUUACUGUUAACCAUACAAUUCAUAUAAUGUUAGUUCAGAGAAUUUAGUAUUAGAUCAACUAAUUAUCCCCAAAUUGGUAUUUUUCUUUAUUCUCAUCACUUAUCUGGUUGAUAUUGUAUUGAUAUUGUAAGGAGAAAUCCUGUCUUGGUCACUCAUGGGAGUUAAAGGGUUAAAAUAUGUGACCAACGAUUAUCAAAUGAAUGAAAAACAAAUAAAAUAAUAAUUGUGAACUUUAUGUUUCAGAUAGUUAUUGGCAGACACCAGGUUUGGGAAAUUAUUUCUUACUAUCAUAAACUCUUUCUAGCUAACUUUCAAUAAUGGUUGUCAACAUAGCAGUAUGUCAGAAGACUUUUCAAAACAUUAAGUAGCAACUCAGCUCACCCUCUCUACACCCUUUUGCCUAGGAUAAAGGAAUCCUCUUGUAAAUGGUAUGAACAAUUUUCAAAAAUAUGUACUUAACAUUUAAAAAAUAGCUCUUUUGAUAGAUUGAUUUUAGAUAUAAAUUUAAGUAACAUACAGUGGUCAAUUUUCUUAUAGUAAGUGGUUAUUUUUUUGUAUGAUCCAUCAAAUAUUUUUGCUUGCCUGUGAUUGCUCUAAACACAUCACGUGACUGAAUAUCCCCAGCUUAAACUGAGUGAUAUUUGAGAUUGUCACCCAAGGGACAUUCUCCAAUAUUCAAACCCUUAUGUCCACUAUAGUAAGUCUAUGUUUCAAAUUUUAAUUCAAGAUGAGAGAGAAUUUUAUGGUUAUUACAGAAGAAGGAAAAUCUUUAUUUUGUUCAUCAUUAAGUUGUACCUGAUAACACUCAAAAGAGAAACAUUCCAUGCUGAAUACAGUAAGCUGUUUGUCAAUAUUUUUCACACACAUUGCAAAAUAUCUGAAAGAUGAUUAACACAAUAGCCUCUAUUUUGCAUGGACGGUGAACAUAUACAUGUGCAUAUCUUUGCGCUAAAUAGAGGGUUUUUUGUUUAUUUUAGUUAAUUUCAUCUCAUAACUUUUGAUAUAUAUUUUUAUUAAAUGAAUAAUGGAUGUUGAUGAGACCUAAUUUUUUUUUUGCCAUCAGAAUCCUUGGGCAGAAUGUAGUUUAAAGAGUCUUCAGCAAUUUAAUGUCCAUUUGGCAAGGAGGAAAAGUGGUGGUGGAACAGUUUACCACGUGAGUGAUCCAGCUUAACUUUCUCUCCUCUGUCUUUCAAUAAAGUAAGGUUUGGAAUAAAUAAUUAGUAAUUAUCCACCAAAGUGGAUCUCUGAUUCUUGAGGUAAAUAAUUGCUUUAGUAUGUACCACAUAGACACAAAAAAAUUAGUUUAUUUCUGGACAAUACACCAAAAAAUUAUUGGAAGUUAAACUCAUAAUGCAGUAAUUUGUCUCACUGGUUGCCUGGAGGUGAAUGGAGCCCAUCAGCAUGUGCAAAAAGUACUACUCAUGUGUGCGGUACAUAUUAAUUAACAUUCAUGUAAUGCUCUUUGUAUAAAGAUUGUUCAAAAUCUAUUUUCACCCAUUUUGCCACUUUUUUGAGCCCCAAAAGAACCCACAUAUAAACAUCAAUCCAUCCAUUCACUCCAAGUGAAAACUUUGAAGUUGUCUUUGUUAAACAUCAGUUUUUUGUCAUUUAAAGCCAGUUUUGUGUGACAGGUGAUGCCAAAUAUCAGUUGAUUCUAAAAGAUGUACUUUCUCCUUCACUGAAGCCAUCAUCAUGAUAAUUGUCGUAGACUGAAAUCUUUAUGUUAAUGCUCUAGGGACUGCCUUUUAAAAGAUGCUGUCUGGCAAAGUUCCUAGAGUUUUCUGCAACAAAGCACUGAUUUUUAUAACAUUUUUAAAUGUUUGGUCUUUUUUACUUACAUAUGGUUCAAAUUUUGAUUGAUUAUUUUUUAGGAUUCAGGAAAUGUCAAUUUCUCUUUCUUUACUGCUCGUGAACUCUACGAUCGCAAAGAAAACUUAGCUCUUAUUGUGAAAGUAUUACGUGAAAGAUAGAAACUAGAUGUUGAAGCUUCUCCUAGAGAGGACAUACUUAUUGAUGGAAAAUUUAAAAUAUCCUUUUUAUGUUAUGGUCUGAAAUACAUCAGGUUCUAUUUCCAUGACUGGAUUGACUAUAAUGGGGUUGUAUUUUUAAUAGACUAAGGGAAACUAGAAUGGGGUUGCAAAUUUUCAGGAUUUGGAGAUUAAGAAAAAUGUGGAAGAAGGAAUUUAAAAAUGGAAAGAUUUGCAAUUAAAAAGUUGUUACUAUAUUACCAAAAGUGACUAAGAUGGGAUCUCUAAUUGGUCAAGGAAUAGAAUAUGAUGUGAGGGGGGGGGGGGGGAAGGGAAAGAAACUGAGAGGCCAGCAGCAGAUACCCAGCAAAAAUAGACCUAAAUAUCCUUAUUGCCCUUUUGAACCCCCCCCCCUCCCCAGGAAUGCAUUGAAUUACAUGUAAAGGAGUGGUCUGACAGAAGCAAUGUGUUCCUCUCGUGUUACUGUUAAGUCCUUGACAGAGUAUUCACAUCUCAGGUACAUCGUCUAAGCUUGGAAGAAAUAUUGCUUUUCACCACUGUACUUUGCUUCUGGAUGUUGAUGAAGUCUUACUCAAAUCUCUGCUUCAUCCUAGUUAUGUAAGUUUCUUUUAACUACUUACUCUCCAACAUCAAUAUGCAUAUUCUCCAUUCUGUUCUCUAUGAAUCGCAUAUGGUGCUGACAAGGAGAAUUUAACAAUCAAGAGAUGAUUUUGUUGGUGAUCAUUUCCUUUAUUCUUGUGACCUUAAAGUGUGAUUCAGGGGUGAUAUUGUAAGGAGAAAUUAGAUGCUAGUCACUCGUAGAUAAAAUAUGAUGUUUGCCACCAGUGAGUUUGAAAGUUGAAGGCAGUUAAGAAAUGGUAGGCUGCCAGGUUGUUGUGAAUGCCACCUUGCUUUGUCAGAUUACACACAGGACUGGAAACUAUUCUAACUGAUAAAAUGUCCUAGGCUUUCUGAGCAGGGAAUCAAUUGAAAUUGUUUGUUCAAACCUGCUAUCAGUAAAUUAUGUAUUAUUUCCACUCAAAACUGGGAAAUAGCCACUGUACAAAUGUCUGUGAUGUUAUCUCAAUAAUUGAAGCCUUUACCCCACACUCAUGGUAAAAUGAAGUGAAAGUGACUGGCUAAAAAGUCAGACCAGUGAUGUUAUCUCAAUAAUUGAAGCCUUUACCCCACACUCAUGGUAAAAUGAAGUGAAAGUGACUGGCUAAAAAGUCAGACCAGCAGUUUUAGCCAUUUACCAACUCUUGCUGACAGCUCUGCCAAGGCCUGAAUCUAUAUACUGAGGUGGAACUGUUUUGGUUAGCACCACAUAUGUCAGUGAUUUGAUUGUAAUCUUAAUUGUUUGUUUUAUAUUUACUUGUGUUUUUUUUUGUAGACAGAUAUCUCUAGUAAAGCAACCCAAAGUGUCAAAUCAAACAUCAUGAACUUAUCCAAAAAAGAUCCCUCAACACACUUUGAGUCUGUCACAAAAGAAGUUGCUCAGAUGUUCUGUCAGAGUUAUGCUCCUGGGAUGAACAUAGAGAUGGUUGACAUUGAUCCAUCAAAAGAUGAACAAUUUCCUGGGAUAGUGGAUCUGAGGAAAGAGCUUGAAGUAUGUCACAGAGUACCAAAAGUUAACUUGCUUUCAUGAGCAACAAAUAAGUGGUUUCAAGAACAAAUAAGUUUAUUCAAGGUCAGGGAAAAGUCAGGGAAUUUAAAUUUGAGUUAGGGAAGAUUUGCAGGAGACACCUCUAUCUGGAAGACAUUUUUUUUUUCUGGGGACAAAAUUCCUCGUAACACCUCUGUUUACAUAAGAAAUACAUCCUUUUUUUGAAAGGAUGUAUUUUCUUCCAUCUUUGAAGGAAGUCUGGGAAAAAUGAAAUUUCAUGUAAAUGUGAAGUUGUUCAUCUUGUCUUGGCCCUCUUUAUGAUGAGGGAUGGUGACAGUUUUCUUUUUGCAAGCAAAGGGGAUAAAUAUUAUUAGAAUAGAUGCUUGUGCUCUUCAGGUACUUACCUCUUUCCCAGUUUUCUACAACCAACAGUUUUUUUCAACAGUUGGCUUAAUUAAUGUCUCUGGAGAACAAGAAUGAACUUGUACAGUUAUUUGGACUGGGAAUUUAAUAUAGGGCUGAAUAGUGGAAUGCAAACAGUUGUUCCAUUGUGCCUCCCCUGCUGUACAGAAAACUCUUUUUGUCUUAAAAGUUUUUGUUUGGCUAGAAACAGGGCUGUGAACCUGUAAAAACUGAGAUUAUGGGGAGGUGUUAUUGAUUCCAGUCUUUAAUUUUUAAAUGCAAUUCACUCUUUCCUAUUUCAUUAUUUUUAAUUAGGAGUGGAAGUGGAUUUAUGGAAAAACUCCAAGAUUCAGUGUAACUUUUUCAACAACUUUAUCAGCCAGACACAUGGUGAGUGUGGUCUUCAUUUCAAAAGUAUAUUUUAUAAGAAUGUACAUAAGUUGGUAAAGGCAAUUAUGGAAACUGCAUUCAUCACUAUAUGAUCUUACCUCCCCAAUCAGCUUAUUAGUACUAAUGAAAUAGACCAGACCACAAUAUAAGAGUCUUCAUUUCUUAUUCUCUUUUCUUUUUCUCAGUAAUGUUCCAUAUGAAUAACUGGUAAUUUGGGGGUGAGAGAGGAUGUGAAGGUUCAGGAGAAAAGAGGAACAGUUUCAGUACUUUAAUUAAAAUUUCUGCUUACAGCAACAGUAUUCAGUACACAAUUAGAAGAGAUAAACCUGUCUGCUGGAGUGUUUUGCUGUUGAAAUGUUAAAUUCUCUUAACUAAUUUACAGGGAAAUUUAGGGCAAUUAGAGGGGAGAAUUACCAAAUAAAUCAGAUCUUGGGUGUAAGAGUGAAACUUACUGCAGUGAUUUUACCUAAUGAUUUGACAAUUUGAUCUGCACUAACAAGAAUUCUCCCUCACUUUUGCUAAGUCCACUUGAGAUUACACUUGCAAGCUUGGUUUUAAUGUGUAAAUUUGCUUUUGGAAGAGACAGGAACAAUUUAUUCCCCUUUUCAGUGUGACAAGGGUGAGCAGUUGUCGUCAUGGUUGUUCAAGUGGGAGUUGAGCCUGACCACAAUCUUUGGCUCUGUUGGCUGAUCAUGAUACUGCACUGAAAUUAAUAUUCAUUUAAUAAGUAAUUUUACUCCUUGGCUGGUGUUAUGUUAAGUUUUACUUUGGUCAAUUGGAAAAAAUAAUCAUAUAAAUUUUUUGCAGUUGGCAAAAAUCACUUCUUACCAUGGUUUAGUUGAAGAUGUUAAUAUCCAGUGUGAAGACAAGGAAAUGUGUACACUCCUCACAAAGCUUGUCCAGGGGUUGAAAGGUGAGGAACAAAGUGUCAACAAAGUUUAAGAACACCUCACAGUCUUGUUCUUUGAAUGUAACUAACCACCUUUAGUUAGGCAUUUUAAUUUAAUUAUUAUUAAAUACAUAUUUUCAAAUUGAAUUAACAUAUUUUUAAGAGGUAAACACUAAGUCAAUUUCUUUGCAAAGGUUUCAGCCACUAUCUGGAUUUUUUGAAGCAGAGGAAGGUUGGAGAGGGAUGGAAAUAUCUACCAAAGGGGUGAUGAAUGGGGAAAGAAGAGAAGGGGGAGGAGAAAGGGAAAAAAAUUACUCUUCUCUCAUUUCCUUACCUACAACAGUUUGUUAACCCUUUCACUCCCAAGAUCUAAUGUUAGUUCAGUUCUGGACCAACUUAAUCCAAUUGAUAUUCUUUUUUUCUCAGAACAUUCAAUCAUAUGUUUCUCUGUUCAAAAGCCGUAGAAUAAUAAAAUCAUAAAAUUGAGACAAAUUUUGAAUUUUUUUUUAAGCUUUCAGAUCUGAAAUCAAAUUUCACUCUAACCCUCAGUUAUCUUAACCCACCUUUGAACAACUCAGCCCAGCUAAAGAAGAUGCAGGCUAAAAUUGAAUUAUUUGUUUCAUCAAUGUUUACUGUGAGGCCUUUUUCCAAACCAAAGUUAAAUUUACUCAGACACAUAGUUUUUUUUUAUAAUGCCAUUUCAUUAGUAAACAUUUUCCUCAAGUAACAAAUUGUAAAUAUAACUAUCCUAUGUUGCAAUUUUUUUAGGUGCAAAAUUUAAAGCUGAUGACAUUCACACAGCCCUACGGACAUAUUUGAACUCAGAAUCACUCACAGCCCUAGAUAGGCAGCUUUGUUAUGAGUUUAUAAAAUGGAUUGUCAGUGUUAUAUGAAUCUAAAAAUUGAUUCAAGUAAGUGUUUUUUAAUCAUAAUGUACAACAUAGUAACUUCAGUUUUCUGAGUAGCAAUGAUUUCUACUGCAAUGUUUAUCUAACCAUAUAUUAAACAGCCUUCUGUCAAUGUAUUAUUAAAAUUUUUUUUGAAUAAAUGGGGACGAAUGAAAUGCUCCCUAAUGAAAAAAGAGGAUUAUAAUAAUGCAAUCAACAUUUCAUUGACCCAUUGUCUUUCUUUUCAAAUCUAUCUAGAGAAGAAGGCAGGGGUUUGUUUACAGGGAGAAGUGUGCAUAACUUUAAAUGCAUAGGAUGAUAACACAUUGUGACAUGCAGAGAAUAUUUACUAUAGCAUUUAUAAUUUUAGUUUAGAUUUUGUUUUGGUGAUGAAAUCAUUCUUUAAAAUUAAGCACGUUAACUUUCCACACCUUCUCUUUUUGAGGAUGGUAAAUUAUUUAGGCUAAUAUAUGACAUGCAGCAACCUGGCAACAUUUAACAUACACCAACUUGAAAAUAAUGAUGUGGAAUCAUAAGAAUGUUGAGCACUGUCAUUAUCACUGAUUUUCAUCUGUGAAAUUUUUAUUGAAAUCCCCCAAGUUUAAGGUGAUCACUGUUGUCAUUAAGAUUGAAACACUAAUAUUAAAAAUUCUGUCAGUAGUAACUUGUAAGUCAGGUAAUUUUCUCCUUCCAACAGCUGAUAUGUGAAGACAAAUAAGGUUAACUAAAUGUUCACCUUCUUUGUUUUCACAUUUCAGCUGUAGAUAUACCUUAACCCUUUAACUCUCAUGCGUGACCAAGACAGAAUUUCUCCUUACAAUAUCAAGCAGACAAAUAAUGACAAUAAAGAAAAAUAUCAAUUAGGGGAUUAUUGGUUGAUCCAAUAUAAAAUUCUCCAAACCAACAUAACAAGAACUGUAUGGCAGACAGUAAGGAGAAUUACUAAUGACAUCUUGGGAGUUAAAGGAUAAGUAUGACAAGAUAAUCUGGUUUCAUCAACUGAUUUUAUGAUGUAAAUUGGCCACCAUAAAGAGUUUCUAAUAAAAGCUAUCAAUAGUAGCCAAUUUACAAUUUAUAGACUCAAUUGAUAAAGCCAAAUUAUCUUGUCCCAGCACCACAGUUUUUUCAUUAGAAUCAUAUAUUGGCAAAGUCUCCUGAAGUUGUAAUUUUAUUGUCUUCAUUUUACAACUGACUUUAACAAAGCAAUGAGUUUGUUAGUUUUCCUAUAAUUAAAAUUUUCCUGGCUACAGUUCAUCAACCAUUUCUAGCCUUCACAUUGAACGAGACAUGUAUGAAAAAUUACUUUUUAAAAAUAUUUAAAUCCAAAUGGUAUGUUCACAUUUCUAAAUUUCUGCCAAGUUCCUUUCCAAGCAACCCAUUAAUAAAAUUAAAAUACUCUCAACUUGUGAACUUCCAUACAAAGCAUUUACAAAAUUCUAUAAUUUCCGAGGUAAAUUUACACAGUGGGAAAAAAAGUCAACUUGAAAUAUUGCUAAUAUUGGUAGCUAAAAGUGACAUUUUAAAAAAAGAAGAACUAGCCUGAAAUCACAGAGUGACAUUAUUUUGGUUGUUGCUUUAAAUUACAGCUGCAUUUGUAAAACCCAGGUUAUAUACAUACAUCCAAAUUAUAGUCAAGAAUGAUCAUCGUCAUUGCUGAUAAGUACUAUAUUGUUGUGCUGAAUUAAUUUUCAGGCCAUCUUGGUCUCUCUGUGAAAGAUCUUGAACUCCCUUUUUUUGGCCUGAAGGGUGAAAUCAAUGGAUAAUCAUAAACAUGUUUGGGCUAAAAACAUGCAACUACAGCUUAUACAAUUUAGUUUGAAUACUUGAUGAAUUGUUUUUAAACUGAGCUGCAAAUGUUAUAAUUAUCAAGUAGAUAAUUUUCAAAUAAUAUAUCUUUGUCCUUAUUGUGUUUCAUGUUGCUUCGCACUGUAAGCUAAAUAAAUACUAUAAGAGUUUCAAAGCUUUGGAUACAUGUUGUGACAGCUGUUUGGAGUUCCUACCUACUUAAACUUUAAAACCUUUCCAUGAAAGGCCCAGUUCAAUGGGCCCAAUACAUUUGUAGUUCAUGUAUUAGUGUCAUCUCAAAACAAUCAGAUUAGUUGCAUAAUUGUAGUCAAUUGCAUGCUCACUCAGCAUGCGUUUUUUUUCAGUUUUCUGUCACAUAAAAGAGAUGCCACAUAAUUUAUACUCCUGGCACAGGUUGUUUCAAGGGUGGAUAAUGCUGUCCACUGGAUAAAUCCCUAUUUAGUGUACAGGGCAGUACAUUCUGGUUAACACUUAACCACUGGAUAGCAAUUUAUCUGCCCUUUUCAACAACUGGGCCUAAUGGUUAAUGACAAGGAGAGUUGAAUGUGAUAGUAAUGCUUCUUUUCCAAAAACCAAACAGGAUAAUUUAUGGUCAGCCUUGAAUAUGCAUGGAAAGAAUACCAGGUUUUAUUGUGUCACACACCUGUUUCAACAUGCCCUCUAACAUUUUAAUCAAAUCUUUGUUUUUGGUAAGUUCUGGUAAAUGGCUCUAGAAAAAUAGUUGCAAAACAAAAUUAUGAUUUAACCUGGUCUUUAACUCCCAAGAUCUGACUAUUAAUUCUCCCCUCCAGCUGCUACACAUUCUCUUGUAGAUUAGUAAUGAGAAUUUGGUGUAAAAUCAUUACAACAAAUUCUACCAGAUAAGUUUGAACAUUCUCAUAACAUGUUUGCUGAAAAAUGUACAGAUAUUUCUGGGAGAAGUUGCAUGUUGAUCAAUUUUGGGAGUUAAAGGAUUAACUAAUCUUAUACUAACAACUCUGAAGUCUUGCUGGAGAAGCAAGAUAUUUGACCUGUAAUUUUUUCAUAGCACCUUUAUCAAUGAACUAGUGAUUGUUCACCAAUAUGAAUUUGUUUUAAGCAAAGACACCUUUUUGGAGCUUUACAUUUUUUUGUAAACUGCUGUGAGGCGAAAAGUUUAUGAAUAGAACUUCUUUGCCAUUCAAAGUAUUCCAAUUGGUUAGUGAAACAAAAUAUUUCAAAGUGAUCUGGGGCUUUUAAAAAAUGGAAAGCCUUAGUCUCAGAAAUACUUGUCAUGAGCUACAUAGACUGUACCAGUCCUAUGAAUCACUUACAAUGUACGUGGUGCAAAGUUUCUGCUUGUUCCAAUUGAGGUGCUGCUCAUUGCCCUUCUCAGUCCAUUGAAGUGUUUCUUGACUUUCUUAGAAUGUAACUUGUCCAGCUGCAAAGUGCAAGAUGAUCUUGAUGGUCCUCUGAGUGCUUGGACAUUCUCUUUUGUGGAACUGAAAACUCUGAAAAAAGUGUUUUUCAAUAGUUGGGACUAAUAGUGAACCUUUUGACUCCCUUGGGAUGACUAGCAUCUAAUUUCUCCUUACAAUACCACCACUGAAUCCCUCAUUAAGGUUAAGGGAAUAAAGGAAGUGAUCACAUACUAAAGAAGCUCUUGAUUGUUUAAGAACUUCUCCUUGUCAGCACCUUAGGAAAUGUAUAGAGUGCAGUAUUGAGAAUGUACAUACUGAUGUUAAGGUGUUAAUAGAGAAUAGGUUAUCCUGCAGUCACUAUUCUUGCAACCCUCUCAGUUGUACAUGUUGAAAAUGAAUAUGAAUACUUUUUUGUAUAUGCUAUGAAGAAUAUGGAAAUCAAGAGAUGUUGGAUAUAAGGGAUCCCAAUUUUUCCUCCACUCUAGAGUUGAGUAUUUCAACCACAAGAAAUUUGCUUUCAAUGGCAAAAUUCAUAAUAUUGUUGGAAGGACCAUACUGAUACAAAGCAUGGUGUUUUUCAACUGACCUCUUUGGCAGCAUGUCUUUCACUUCCUGGCUGCUGUUUGAUUUUUCUGUGUGAGAAAUUAGAUACCACACAUUGAGGACCUGAGACUCAUUUCUCGAAGGUUUAUGUAACUUACUAGGCCAGUAAUUAAAAGCUAUUCUGUUUUCAUCCAAGACAAGAGUUUGAAAAGUUUUGAUAUGGUAUGUAGGACUCAGUGCCUGUGACAGAUUCAAUGGUAGCUCUAAAAUACAGCCUUGAUAAACCUUUACCUUUUUUCAAAAGAUUACUUUGACUCAGCACAGAUGGCAACUGAUCUUUCUGAUUGUUUACUGUAUUUAUUGACAGUUCUUUGAGAGGUGUUGUAUUGUAUUGUUGAAUUAACCCUUUAACUCCCAUGAGUGACCAAGAGAGAAUUUCUCCUCACAGUUUCAAUGCACUAUCAAGCAGACAAGUGAUGAGAAUAAAGAAAAAUAGUGAUCAUGGGAGUUUUAGUCAACCCAAUACCAAAUUCUCCAAACUAACAUUACAAGAAUUAUAUGGCAGAUAGUAAGGAGAAUUACUGUGGAGAUCUUGGGAGUGAAAGGGUUAAAGAGCAUUGUCUCUGUAAGACAACUCUCAUGUCUCAGUUCUCCUCCAAACCAAGAAAGUGAGAAAGUUAUUGUGACCAGGAAAAGGAAGUUAAUACAUUUUGAAUGUAAAUUCUUCUCAGUGUCUUUCAAUAGGCUAAGCAUGCAAACUCUCAGGUUCCAAGCCAAACUUUAAAAUUCAUUUCCUACUUCCAUAAGUUAAUGUCAUAACAGAAAAUUAUAAGAGCAGAAACCAAAACAAAAUGAAUGAAAAUGUGUCGAUCACAACUCAAGAGCAGCAUCUUUUUCAGAGGUCCACAACAUGACUGACUACAGUACGUAUGUUAUUUUUAUAUCUGUGAUUUGCAUGGUAUUUUAAAAGUGCAGUAAAUAUUGAUACUGCCAAUUACCUGUUUUGCAUCCUUUUGUUGAUUUUUAUCUGCUGGAGUUUCAGCUAGAGCUUGUAUUCCUGACAGAUUUAAGUCUCUAGAGACUCUUACAGGUGUGCUAUUACCUAAGUUGUUAUGUGCAGUAUUACAUGUUAGUGAGGAGGACUUUGUUUCGACAGGACUUUCACUCCAACAAACUUUGGGAUGGGGAGUUGCCUUUCUUGGGGCAGAUGUUGAUUGGUCAUUUGCAUUGUUCUUGGUGUAAAACAUUGCUGGUGACUUUAAACAGUUGUUACUGUUUAAAGGUAGGAAUGGUGAAGCUGAUGGAACUCGUGAAGGUGUUGCCAGUUUUUGAUCCUUUGGAAUGCUACUGGUUACACCUGGUGUAGCCAUCUUGGGUCUCUCAAACCCUCCUCCAACUGAGUUUGUUGAUUUUCUUACUGACUGUGUUGCCUCAUACUCUUUCGUUAAAGAAAUGCAAGUAUCAGAAUUCUCUAAUGUUGGUUGAGAACUGGUUGUGAUUAUCUUUUGAUGUUUAGAAGUGCUUCUGCAAGGUGUCAUGUCACUAUGAACACUACUGACUGGUGUGUUGAACUGACGUUUUCUGAUAGGUGUUCUUGACAGUGGUGUUCCUGUUGUGACAGAAAUAAUGGUUAUAAGAAAGAUGUCACUUGUUUUUGUCAUUUGCAGAUUGUGGUUUGAACUUGGCAGUUUACAAAGUUUAUCAAAAACAUUGUAAGUUAUUUUAAUAGCCAUUGACUUUUGAGACCUCUAGAUUAAACCUUUGCCGAAGAUAGUAAGAAAAUAUUGGUACAGGUAAGUCAGGGAAAGUACCUCACUGAGCUAAAAACUUUUAAAUGUAUGCUAGGUUUCUCUAAACUGGAGAGUAAUGCUUUAGUAUUCGAUGCUAAUAGAUAACAUUCCUUGCUACUUAAUGUACAACUAGCACUACAAUAUAGUUUUUACCAUAUCCUAACUUAAUUUUAUUUAAUAGACACUUUCUUUGUGUUCCCUACUCACCAGCAGUUGGCAGCAGAAAGCUUACAUUAGAUGAUGUUUUAUCAAAGCUGUUACUAUCAUUCAAUGUGCUUUGAUCAGCCCAUGUCACCUCACGGCCCUUUUCAACUGUUUCAAUAAUAGAGUUGUAUUCAUCCGUCAGCUCCUGGGUUGUGAGACCAACACCUUUUAGAGCGAAAAACUGCUUCUGUACCAUUCCUAGUAACUUUUCAACCAGUCUGGAAACAAAACAAAUUUAAGAGGUAUGUCUGUAUGUAAGGUCACUGUACAGGAAAUCACCACCAUCAGUGGUAGUAAGAGACUGAUGACUGGUCUAAGUACAAGAAAAUCCAAGGCCACUUAUUUUAUAUAGUUUACUGAAGAGUGAUUGUGCCGCCUGUUUACAGAUCAAAACUCAAACUUUUAUUUGUGCAGAAUACUGUACACAUAAAAGUGAAAUUCAAUCAUCGGGAUUUGAAGAUUUGCAAGGAAAAUGUUUUUUUCUGUUGUGAUUAUUUCACUGACUUGUGUGUACCCUUUAAAACAAUGCUUUGGCUUUUAAUUUACAGGAAGUACAUGUAUUAGGUAGUAAGGCAAUACUACAUUUUUAGUUAUCAUUUUGUGUUGGUAAAGGAUCUGCCAGUAGUGGUUAGAGAUUAGUUUUCUUACAACAGUUUUCCAAGUGAAAGUCACUUUCAUAUAUUACAUAAUUAUAGUGAUUUACAUUAUCAAUGCUCCCUAGUGUACUGAAUAUCCCCAGCUUAAACUGGGUGAUAUUUAAUAUUAUCACCCAAGGGAUAUUCUCCAAUAUUCAAACCUUAUGUCCACUAUGAUAAGUCUAUGUUUCGAAUUUAAUUCAAGAUGAGAGAGGAUUUAAUGGUUACAACAGGAGAAGGAAAAUCUUUAUUUUGUUCAUCAUUAAGUUGUACCUGAUAACACUCAAAAGAGAAACAUUCCAUGCUGAAUACAAAAAGCUGGUUGUCAAUAUUUUUCACGCACAUUGCAAAAUAUCUGAAGGAUGAUUAAUGCAGUAGCCUCUAUUUUGUGUGGAUGGUGGACACAUAUAUGUGCAUAUCUUUGCAUUAAAUAGAGGGUUUUUUGUUUAUUUUAGUUAAUUUCAUCUCAUAACUUUUGAUAUAUAUUUUUAUUAAAUGAAUAAUGGAUGUUGAUGAGACCUAAUUUUUUUUUUUGCCAUCAGAAUCCCUGGGCAGAAUGUAGUUUAAAGUCUUCAGCAAUUUAAUGUCCAUUUGGCAAGGAGGAAAAGUGGUGGUGGGACAGUUUACCACGUGAGUGAUCCAGUUUGACUUUCUCUCCUCUGUCUUUCAAUAAAGUAAGGUUUGGAAUAAAUAAUUAGUAAUUAUCCACCAAAGUGGAGGCGAAUAGUGGUGGAUAUUUACAGAGCUGCAAAGCAGUGAGGUGAAUAUGCACCACUUUCUGUGACUCUUUAGGUAAAUAAUUGCUUUAGUAUGUACCACACAGACACAAAAAAAUUAGUUUAUUUCUGGACAAUACAACAAAAAAUUAUUGGAAAUUAAACUCAUAAUGCAGUAAUUUGUCUCACUGGUUGCCUGGAGGUGAAUGGUACUUGCUAAUCACUUCUGAACUAGCCAAUCAGCAUGUGCAAAAAGUACUACUGAUGUGUGCGGUACAUACUAAUUAACGUUCAUGUAAUGCUCUUAGUAUAAAGAUUGUUCAAAAUCUAUUUUCACCCAUUUUGCUACUUUUUUUAGCCCCAAAAAAACCACAUAUAAACACCAAUCCAUCCAUUCACUCCAAGUGAAAACUUUGAAGUUGUAUUUGUUAAACAUCAGUUUUUUGUCAUUUAAAGCCAGUUUUGUAUGACAGGUGAUGCCAAAUAUCAGGUGAUUCUGAAAGAUGUACUUUCUCCUUCACUGAAGCCAUCAUCAUAAUGAUAAUUGUCGUAGACUGAAAUUUUUAUGUUAACGCUCUAAGGACUGUCUUUUAAAAGAUGCUGUCUGGCAAAGUUCAUAGAGUUUUCUGCAACAAAGCACUGAUGUUUAUAACAUUUUUAAAUGUUUGGUCUUUUUUACUUACAUAUGGUUCAAAUUUUGAUUGAUUAUUUUUUAGGAUUUAGGAAAUGUCAAUUUCUCUUUCUUUACUGCUCGUGAACUCUACGAUCGCAAAGAAAACUUAGCUCUUAUUGUGAAAGUAUUACGUGAAAGAUGGAAACUAGAUGUUGAAGCUUCUCCUAGAGAUGACAUACUUAUUGAUGGAAAAUUUAAAAUAUCCUUUUUAUGCUAUGGUCUGAAAUACAUCAGGUUCUAUUUUCAUGACUGGAUUGACUAUAAUGGGGUUGUAUUUUCAAUAGACUAAGGGAAACAAGAAUGGGGUGAAACAUUUUCAGGAUUUGGAGAUUAAGAAAAAUAUGGAAGAAGGAAUUUAAAAAUGGGAAGAUUUGCAAUUAAAAAGUUGUUACUAUAUUAGCAAAAGUGACUAAGAUGGGGUCUCUAGUUGAUCAAGGAAUAGAAUAUGAUGUGGAGGGGAGGGGGGGGGGAAGGGAAAGAAACUGAGAGGCCAGCAGCAGAUACCCGGCAAAAAUUGACCCAAAUAUCCUUAUUGCCCUUAUGACCCCUUCCCAAGAAUGCAUUGAACUACAUGUACAGGAGUGGUCUGACAGAUGCAAUGUGUUUCCUCUCAUGUUACCAUUAAGUCCUUGACAGAGUAUUCACAUCUCAGGUACAUCAUCUAAGCUUGGGAGAAAUAUUGCUUUUCACCACUGUACUUUACUUCUGGAUGUUGAUGAAGUCUUACUCAAAUCUCUGCUCCAUCCCAGUUAUGUAAGUUUCUUUUAACUACUUACUCUCCAACAUCAAUAUGCAUAUUCUCCAUUCUGUUCUCUAUGAAUCUCAUAUGGUGCUGACAAGGAGAAUUUAACAAUCAAGAGAUGAUUUUGUUGGUGAUAAUUUCCUUUAUUCUUGUGACCUUAAUGUGUGAUUCAGGGGUGAUAUUGUAAGAAGAAUUUAGAUGCUAGUCACUCUUAGAUAAAUUAUUUUUAAUAAGGAGUGGAAUGUUCACCACCAGCGAGUUUGCAAGUUGAAGGCAGUUAAGAAAUGGUAGGCUGCCAGGUUGUUGUGAAUGCCACCUUGCUUGUCAGAUUACACACAGGACUGGAAACUAUUCUAACUGAUAAAAUGUCCCAGGCUUUCUGAGCAGGGAAUCAAUUGAAAUUGUUUGUUCAAACCUGCUAUCAGUAAAUUAUGUAUUAUUUCCAAACUGGGAAAUAGCCACUGUACAAAUGUCUGUGAUGUUAUCUCAAUAAUUGAAGCCUUUACCCUGCACUUAUGGUAAAAUGAAGUGAAAGUGACUGGCUAAAAAGUCAGACCAGCAGUUUUAGCCAUUUACCAACUCUUGCUGACAGCUCUGCCAAGGCCUGAAUCUAUUUACUGAGGUGGAACUGUCUUGGUUAGCACCACAUAUGUCAGUGAUUUGAUUGUAAUCUUAAUUGUUUAUUUUAUAUUUACUUGUGAUUUUUUUGUAGACAGAUAUCUCUAGUAAAGCAACCCAAAGUGUCAAAUCAAACAUCAUGAACUUAUCCAAAAAAGAUCACUCAAUACACUUUGAGUCUGUCACAAAAGAAGUUGCUCAGAUGUUCUGUCAGAGUUAUGCUCCUGAGAUGAACAUAGAGAUGGUGGACAUUGAUCCAUUAAAAGAUGAACAAUUUCCUGGAAUAGUGGAUCUGAGGAAAGAGCUUGAAGUAUGUCACAGAGUACCAAAAGUUAACUUGCUUUCAUGAACAACCAAUAAUUGGUUUCAAGGACAAAUAAAUUUCUUUAAGGUCAGGGAAAAGUCAGGGAAUUUAAUUUGAGUAAGGGAAAAUUUACAUCUUUGAAGGAAGUCGGGGAAAAGUGAAAUUUCAUGUAAAUGUGAAGUGGUUCAUCUUGUCUUGGCCAUCUUUUUGAUGAGGGAUGGUGACAGUUUUCUUUUUGCAAGCAAUGGGGAUAAAUAUUAAUAGAAUAGAUGCUUGUACCCUUCAGGUACUUACUUCUUUCCCAGUUUUUCUACAACCAACUGUUUUUUUCAACAGUUGGCUUGCUUAAAUGUCUCUGGAGAACAAGAAUGAACUUAUACAGUUAUUUGGACUGGGAAUUUAAUCUGGGGCCGAGUAGUGGAAUGCAAACAGUUGUUCCAUUGUGCCUCCCUCGCUGUACAGAAAACUGUUUUUGUCUUAAAAGUUUUUGUUUGGCUAGAAACAGGGCUGUGAACCUGUAAAAACUGAGAUUAUGGGGAGGUGUUAUUGAUUCCAGUCUUUACUUUUUAAAUACAAUUCACUCUUUCCUAUUUCAUUAUUUUUAAUUAGGAGUGGAAGUGGAUUUAUGGAAAAACUCCAAGAUUCAGUGUAACUUUUUCAACAACUUUAUCAGCCAGACACAUGGUGAGUGUGGCCUUCAUUUCAAAAGUACAUUUGUAAGAAUGUACAUAAGUUGGUAAAGACAAUUAUCGAAACUGCAUUCAUCACAAUAUGAUCUUACCUCCCCAAUCAGCUUAUUAGUACUAAUGAAAUAGACCAGACCACAAUAUAAGAGUCUUCAUUUCUUAUUCUUUUUCUCAGUAAUGUUCCAUAUGAAUAACUGGUAAUUUGGGGGUGAGAGAGGAUGUGAAGGUUCAGGAGAAAAGAGGAACAGUUUCAGUACUUUGAUUAAAAUUUCUGCUUACAGCAACAGUAUUUAGUACACGAUUAGAAUAGAUAAACCUGUCUGCUGGAGUGUUUUGCUGUUGAAAUGUUAAAUUCUCUUAACUAAUUUACAAGGAAAUUUAGGGCAGUUAGAGGGAAGAAUUACCAAUUGAAAUAAAUCAGAUCUUGGGUGUAAGAGUGAAACAGUGAUUUUGCCCAAUGAUUUGACAAUCUGCACUAACAAGAAUUCUCCCUCACUUUUGCUAAGUCCACUUGAGAUUACACUUGCAAGCUUGGUUUUAAUGUGUAAAUUUGCUUGCUGUGGGAGGAUGUUUUGUAGAGACAGGAACAAUUUAUUCCCCUUUUCAAUGUGACAAGGGUGAGCAAUUGUUGUCAUGGUUGUUCAAGUGGGACUUGAGCCUGGCCACAAUCUUUGGCUCUGUUGGCUGAUUGGCCUUUUAAUACGUAAUUUUACUCCUUGGCUGGUGUUAUUUUAACUUUUUCUUUGGUCAAUUAGAAAAGAUAAUCAUAUGAAUUUGUUGCAGUUGGCAGAAAUCACUUCUUACCAUGGUUUAGUUGAAGAUGUUAAUAUCCAGUGUGAAGACAAGGAAAUGUGUACACUCCUUACAAAGCUUGUCCAGGGGUUGAAAGGUGAGGAACAAAGUUUAAGAACACUGACCUCACAGUCUUGUUCUUUGCAUGUAACUAACCAGCUUUAGUUAAGCAUUUUAAUUUAAUUAUUAUUAACCCUUUCACUCCCACAAGUGACCAAGACAGAAUUUCUCCUCACAAUAUCAAUACAAUAUCAGCAGGCAGGUGAUGAGAAUAGAGAAGAAUAUCAAUCAUGGGAUUAUUAGUUGAUCCAAUAUCAAAUUCUCUGAACUAACAUCAUGAGAAUUGUAUGGCAGAUAGUAAGGAGAAUUACUUAUCAGAUAUUGGGAGUGAAAGGGUUAAAUACAUAUUUUCAAAUUGAAUUAGCAUAUUUUUGAGAGGCAAACAAUUUCCUUACCUAUGACAGUCACCAAUAGUCACUAGUUGUUGUUCAAAGGCCAAUUAGCACUAAUGCAGGGUUAAAAUUUUAAUCCAGGUUUCUAUAUUUCCCUGUUCAAAAGCCGUCUAGGGAUAAUUUUCCCAAUUCUUUUUAGAACAUUCAAUCAUAAAAUUGUAGACAAAUGAAAUUAGACUGAAUUUUCUUUUUAAGCUUUCAGAUCUGAAAUCAAAUUUCACUCUAACCCUGGGUUAUCUUAACCCACCUUUGAACAACCCAGCCCAGCUAAAUAAGAUGCAGGUUAAAAUUGAAUUAUUUGUUUCAUCAAUGUUUACUGUGAGGCCUUUUUCCAAACCAAAGUUAAAUUUACUCACAUAGUUUUUUUUAUAAUGCCAUUUCAUUAGUAAACAUUUUCCUCAAGUAACAAAUUGUAAAUAUAACUAUCCUAUGUUGCAAUUUUUUUUAGGUGCAAAAUUUAAAGCUGAUGACAUUCACACAGCCCUAUGGACAUGUUUGAACUCAGAAUCACUCACAGCCCUAGAUAGGCAGCUUUGUUAUGAGUUUAUAAAAUGGAUUGUCAGUGUUAUAUGAAUCUAAAAAUUGAUUCAAGUAAGUGUUUUUUAAUCAUAAUGUACAACAUGGUAACUUCAGUUUUCUGAGUAGCAAUGAUUUCUACUGCAAUGUUUAUCUAACCAUAUAACCAGCCUUCUGUCAAUGUAUUAUUAAAAUUUUUUUUGAAUAAGGGGGGACGAAUGAAAUGCUCCCUAAUGAAAAAAGAGGAUUAUAAUAAUGCAAUCAACAUUUCAUUGACCUAUUGUCUUUCUUUUCAAAUCUAUCUAGAGAAGAAGGCAGGGGUUUGUUUACAGGGAGAAGUGUGCAUAACUUCAAAUGCAUAGGAUGAUAAUACAUUGUGACAUGCAGAGAAUAUUUACUAUAGCAUUUAUAAUUUUAGUUUAGAUUUCGUUUUGGUGAUGAAAUCAUUCUUUAAAAUUAAGCAAGUUAACUUUCCAUGCCUUCUUUUUUUGAUGGUAAAUUAUUUAGGCUAAUAUAUGACAUGCAGCAACCUGGCAACAUUUAACAUACACCAACUUGAAAAUAAUGAUGUGGAAUCAUAAGAAUGUUGAGCACUGUCAUUAUCACUGAUUUUCAUCUGUGAAAUUUUUAUUGAAAUCCCCCAAGUUUAAGGUGAUCACUGUUGUCAUUAAGAUUGAAACACUAAUAUUAAAAAUUAUGUCAGUAAUAACUUGUAAGUCAGGUAAUUUUCUCCUUCCAACAGCUGACAUGUGAAGACAAAUAAGGUUAACUAAAUGUUCACCUUCUUUGUUUUCACAUCUCAGCUGUAGAUAAACCUUAACCCUUUAACUCUCAUGCGUGACCAAGACAGAAUUUCUCCUUACAAUAUCAAGCAGACAAAUAAUGACAAUAAAGAAAAAUAUCAAUUAGGGGAUUAUUGGUUGAUCCAAUAUAAAAUUCUCCAAACCAACAUAACAAGAACUGUAUGGCAGACAGUAAGAGAAUUACUAAUGACAUCUUGGGAGUUAAAGGAUUAAGUAUUACAAGAUAAUCUGGUUUCAUCAACUGAUUUUAUGAUGUAAAUUGGCCACCAUAAAGAGUUUCUAAUAAAAGCUAUCAAUAGUAGCCAAUUUACAAUUUAUAGACUCAAUUGAUAAAGCCAAAUUAUCUUGUCCCAGCACCACAGUUUUUUUCAUUAGAAUCAUAUAUUGGCAAAGUCUCCUGAAGUUGUAAUUUUAAAAUUUUCCUGGCUACAGUUCAUCAACCAUUUCUAGCCUUCACAUUGAACGAGACAUGUAUGAAAAAUAACUUUUUAAAAAUAUUUAAAUCCAAAUGGUAUGUUCACAUUUCUAAAUUUCUGCCAAGUUCCUUUCCAAGCAACCCAUUAAUAAAAUUAAAAUACUCUCAACUUGUGAACUACCAUACAAAGCAUUUACAAAAUUCUAUAACUUCCGAGGUAAAUUUACACAGUGGGAAAAAAAAGUCAACUUGAAAUAUUGCUAAUAGUGGCAGCUAAAAGUGACAUUUUAAAAAAAGAAGAACUAGCCUGAAAUCACAGAGUGACAUUAUUUUGGUUGUUGCUUUAAAUUACAGCUGCAUUUGUAAAACCAAGGUUAUAUACAUACA